UCUCGUCAACUACAGAUAUUGUAUACCAGAGUGCAGAGGAAAUAGCAAAGUCUUCAGGUGUUUACCACCACAUACAACAACACUAUACCAAAUACCAUGCAAUAUACUACACAUAAGUAGAUGACAUCCUGCAACCAAUGACAUGGAAAUAGAGGUACACACGGCUAUUGUGGGGAGAAGGUGAAGUAAUCCACGAAGAAUGGACUUUUACUUUGUCCUGUUCGCGCACCAAGAGCAACUCGCGAGUAUAUCAUUGUAUCGUAGGCAGUAGAUAUAUAUAUAUAUAUAUAUGGAGCCAAGGCCGAGGAGAGGAGAAACAUACACAAGUUGUACCUUACACGCUAUAAUGGUAUAGGCCAUUAACGCACGAGUCGCCGCCGCUGCAUCAGUCGAGCUUUCGCCGGAUGACAAAACGUGUGCGCAUCAGCUCGCGACAUUAUAUACCCAUCACAUAUAUAUACCUACUUGCUUGUGCUGCUGUACUCAUAUACCUCUGGCAGCGUAACCGAGGCAUCGAGCCGGAAAAAGAUGCCGAGCAGCAACGGCCGCAAUGGUCCACCAGAGCGUUAAGCGGGGCAGCCUGCAGACGGACGAGCCACCGGACACGCCGCGGCUCCUACGUAUGACGGCGCUGCGGGGCUCGAGUCGCGGCGCCAUGUACACAAACGCGGAUCCCCAUCAUCAGCAGAGACACCCCGAGAUCCAGCAGCUCUACGCCCGGCAGCUCGAGGAGCGCCGGCUCGCCCGCCAGCGUGACAUCGAAAACCUCAAGCGGAUAACCGCGUUCCACGCUCACCGGCCGCCUCCCAACAAUGGCACCGGCAGGUCCCAGAGCCGCCGGUCCGAGGCCACCAACGGCAAGCCACCCUCGAGACCGGACCAGCAGCACAGAACUUCGAGACCGGGGAGCCGGCCGGGCCACUGCAGCAUGCUGGCGGACCUGCGCGACCUGGAGAGCCUCGCCGGCUUGCAGGCCAAGAUGACGACGGCGGGGAACGGCGAUGGUGGCGCUUCGGAGAGGGGAAGGUCCGUCACCGGUGACCGGGAGGAGGGUCCGGAGGAGCGACAGCCCCAGGCUCCGGUGCGUAGGCGGCGGAGGAGCAAGCGGCGAAAAUCAGAGCUGGAGGAGCAAGGGGACGGGGAUUCGCGGGUGGUUGGGCAUCCCGAGGUCUCGGAUCCGGCAAAGUCGGUGCCCGACGCGCUGGCCGAGUUACUCAGGGAGUCGGAGCGCCAGCUGGGCGAGCUCAGGGCCGACGAGCUGGCCCGUAGUAGAGCCAACGGCAGGACCGACACUGUAACCAACGAUCACGUGCUCUUCGACCUCGAGGAGAAACCUACCAGCACCAGUAGCACCGGUGAGUGUACAUAUUUGGGUAUAUUGACGCGGUACCCCGUGCUGUUAUCAUUACCCGCGGCACAACCUUUCUCUCUAAUUUUGUAA